AGGGAAGGUAAGAAACCAGAAUUUGAAGGUAACCCAACAACAAGAAGCCGUGAACACUUCUAACACUCAGCCAUCUUCACUUAUGCUGUUGAUAACAAUGGAGCAGGAAAUGGACAUUGAAGCUCAAAGGAAGGCUGAAGCCACUGCCAUCUUCGAGAAUACAAAUCAACCUGUUAUAUUAGAGUUUGUUGAUGUUGCCUAUACAAUCAAGCUUGGAAAACAAGGUAAUUUCUUUCGAAAGAAUUCGGGGUCAGAAGAGAAAGUGAUCUUAAAUGGGAUCACCGGUACGGUUCACCCUGGGGAGAUGUUAGCCAUGCUAGGUCCAUCAGGCAGUGGCAAAACGACUCUAUUGACUGCAUUAGGAGGCCGCCUGGGAGGGCUGCUCAAUGGAACCAUAACUUACAAUGGCAAGCCUUUCUCAAAUGCAACGAAGCGAAAUACCGGUUUUGUUACUCAAGAUGAUGUUCUCUACCCUCACUUGACAGUGUCCGAAACCCUUGUAUUCACUGCCCUUCUUCGGUUACCUAAUACUUUUGGUGAAGAAGAGAAGAUCAUGCAUGCUGAAGCUGUGAUCACUCAACUAGGGCUAACUAAGUGCAAACACAGCAUCAUUGGAGGUCCUCUUCUGAGAGGAGUUUCGGGAGGGGAGAGGAAAAGGGUUAGUAUAGGGCAAGAGAUGCUUAUAAACCCGAGCUUGUUGUUCUUGGAUGAGCCUACAUCGGGUCUGGAUUCGACUACAGCUCAAAGGAUUGUGUCAACAUUGUUGGAGGUUGCCAAAGGUGGAAGAACAGUUGUGCUGACGAUACACCAGCCAUCAAGUAGGCUGUUCUACAUGUUUCAUAAGGUUUUGCUACUAUCAGAAGGUAACCCUUUGUAUUAUGGACAAGGAUCGGCUGCCAUGGAUUAUUUUUCCAGCAUCGGAUAUGCCCCAUUAGUUGCCAUGAACCCUUCAGAUUUCCUCCUCGAUCUUGCAAAUGGUGUUUCAUCGAAUGAAUCACGAGAGGAGCAAACCGUGGUGAAGAAAGCAUUAAUUGCUGCCUACAAGAGCAACAUUGCUGAGAAAUUAAAGGAUGAGCUUCAAGAAGUCAGGCAUCGCCCUCCUGAUCAAUUGGAAAACAAGAAGUUUGUACGGUGGGCUACAACUUGGCGGCAACAGUUCACUGUAUUGCUACAAAGAGGAGUAAAGGAAAGGAAGCAUGAGUCAUUCUCUGGUCUCAACAUAGCUCAGGUCCUGGUGGUAGCUGUCCUUGUAGGAUUAAUGUGGUGGCAAUCUGAUAUUGUGCACUUGCAAGACCAAAUUGGACUCCUCUUCUUUUCUUCUGGAUUUUGGGGCUUCUUCCCUCUAUUUCAAGCAAUUUUCACCUUCCCUCAGGAACGUAUGAUGCUCGAAAAAGAACGGUCUUCAGGCAUGUACAGGCUUUCCUCAUACUUCAUGUCAAGAACCAUUGCUGAUCUCCCCAUGGAACUUAUACUUCCCACUGCUUUUGUUACAAUAACAUAUUGGAUGGCAGGACUUAAACCCACAGCAGGAAAUUUCCUGCAUACCUUAUUUGCCCUUCUUUUUUGUGUCCUUGUCUCUCAAAGCCUAGGGCUAGCCCUUGGUGCCUUGGUAAUGGAGCUUAAAUCAGCAACCAUACUCGGCUCAGUGGUCAUACUCACUUUCUUACUUGCUGGUGGGUUCUAUAUUCAACAUGUCCCUCCUUUCAUAUCAUGGAUCAAAUACAUUUCUAUCAGCCAUCACACAUACAAACUCGUCUUGGGGUCUCAAUACAAGCCAAAUGAAACUUACCCUUGUGAUGAUCCUGGAAAAGUUUGCUUGGUUGGAGAUUUUCCAACGAUAAAAAAUAUGAACCUCGAUGGUCAACUUCUCUCUGCUGUUGCCCUAGCCAUAAUGCUUGUGGUAUACCGGAUGAUUGCUUAUUUGGCCCUCAUGAGAAUUGGGGUGACCAAAAAAUUAAAGGAGUAGCUUAACAUAUUACAUUAUGCAUAAACCAAGCAUAUGAAUCAAAUUAGAGAUGCCAUUUCCUUCAUUUUUGUUUUUCAUUUUAUUGGCUUGUAUACUGUAUGGAUGACAAGUAAAGCUAGAGUAAAAUUUUAUACCCUUCCA